AGGGUGGGACGUGGGCGCGGGGAGACAGGCGGUGGCUAAGACGGCGAGGGGAGCUGAAGGUGUCCGGGCAGCCAGGUUAGGCCAAGAGGACCAUGUGAAUGGGGCUGGAGGCUCCCGGGCUGGGCAGGGACCAUGGGCUGUGGCUGCAGCUCAAACCCUGAAGAUGACUGGAUGGAGAACAUCGAUGUGUGUGAGAACUGCCAUUACCCGAUAGUCCCGCUGGAUGGCAAGGCCACGCUGCCCAUGCGAAAUGGCUCUGAGGUGCGGGACCCACUGGUCACCUACGAGGGCUCCAACCCACCAGCCUCCCCAAUGCAAGAUAACCUGGUUAUUGCCCUGCACAGCUAUGAGCCCUCUCAUGAUGGAGACCUGGGCUUCGAGAAGGGUGAACAGCUCCGCAUCCUGGAGCAGAGCGGCGAGUGGUGGAAGGCGCAGUCCCUGACCACCGGCCAGGAAGGCUUCAUCCCCUUCAACUUUGUGGCCAAAGCGAACAGCCUGGAGCCCGAGCCCUGGUUCUUCAAGAACCUGAGCCGCAAGGAUGCGGAGCGGCAGCUGCUGGCGCCGGGGAACACGCACGGCUCCUUCCUGAUCCGGGAGAGCGAGAGCACCGCGGGAUCGUUUUCACUGUCGGUCCGGGACUUCGACCAGAACCAGGGAGAGGUGGUAAAACAUUACAAGAUCCGGAACCUGGACAAGGGCGGCUUCUACAUCUCCCCUCGCAUCACCUUCACCAGCCUGCACGAACUGGUCCGCCACUACACCAAUACUCCAGACGGGCUGUGCACGCGGUUGAGCCGCCCCUGCCAGACCCAGAAGCCCCAGAAGCCGUGGUGGGAGGACGAGUGGGAGGUUCCCAGGGAGACGCUGAAGCUGGUGGAGCGGCUGGGGGCCGGCCAGUUCGGGGAGGUGUGGAUGGGGUACUACAAUGGGCACACAAAGGUGGCAGUGAAGAGCCUGAAGCAGGGCAGCAUGUCCCCUGACGCCUUCCUGGCUGAGGCCAACCUCAUGAAGCAGCUGCAGCACCAGCGGCUGGUCCGGCUGUAUGCGGUGGUCACCCAGGAGCCCAUCUACAUCAUCACUGAGUACAUGGAGAAUGGGAGUCUGGUGGAUUUUCUCAAGACCCCACCAGGCAUCAAGUUGACCAUCAACAAACUCCUGGACAUGGCAGCCCAAAUCGCAGAGGGCAUGGCAUUCAUCGAAGAGCGGAAUUAUAUCCACCGUGACCUGCGGGCUGCCAACAUCCUGGUGUCUGACACCCUGAGCUGCAAGAUUGCAGACUUUGGCCUAGCACGCCUCAUUGAGGACAAUGAAUACACAGCCAGGGAGGGAGCCAAGUUUCCCAUUAAGUGGACAGCACCAGAAGCCAUUAACUACGGGACAUUCACUAUCAAGUCGGACGUGUGGUCUUUUGGGAUUCUGCUGACGGAGAUUGUCACUCAUGGCCGCAUCCCUUACCCAGGGAUGACCAAUCCUGAGGUGAUUCAGAACCUGGAGCGAGGCUACCGCAUGGUGCAACCUGACAACUGCCCAGAGGAAUUGUACCACCUCAUGAUGCUGUGCUGGAAGGAGCGCCCAGAGGACCGGCCCACCUUUGACUACCUGCGCAGUGUGCUAGAGGACUUCUUCACGGCCACAGAGGGCCAGUACCAGCCGCAGCCUUGAGAGGCCGAGGGUCCUCCCCCCCAUCUUGCCAACCUGGGAAGGUGGAGUUCUUGUGCCAUACCCACAUGGCCUAAGCACAUAUAGACUCUGCACACAAAUCCUGCCCACGUGAGACACAUAUGCAUCUUAUGUCUUGUUACAUGCAUCCUGUACUUGUGUGGACUCUGCACAUGUAUCUUGUACAUGUGUAGCCUGUGCAUGUGUGUCUUGGAAGCUGUCCAAGGUGUCCCUUUCUGGGCCCUCCCAUUUCCUGAGACCACAGAGAGAUGAGAGAGGCCUGUGAUUGACACCAGCUUCUGCCCCCACCCCCUUUUCUUUUUUCAGCUCAUCCAGAAGCUCCUUGAGGCCUGGGACCUGACCUAAUACCUCUUGUGUGCUCCUCCUUGGUGCCUGCACAUAUCAGGAGCUCAAUAAAUGUCUGUUGAUGAA